AUGGGCAAGAAAAGACGCGGCCACGUCGAUGUCGAGGAGCUGCUCGGUCGGCCCUGGUGCUACUACUGCGAACGAGACUUUGAAGACCUAAAGCUCCUCAUCUCCCACCAAAAAGCCAAACAUUUCAAGUGCGAGCGAUGCGGUCGCCGAUUAAACACAGCCGGAGGUCUCUCCGUCCAUAUGAACCAGGUGCACAAGGAAACCGUCAACCAGGUCGAGAACGCGCUGCCGAACCGCCAGGGGCUCGACGUCGAAAUCUUUGGCAUGGAGGGCGUGCCGCAGGACAUUCUCGAGCAGCACCGCACGCGCAUCAUCCAAAACUUCUACCAGGCCCAGGAGAACCGCCGCCUCGCGACCGGCAACCCCCUGCCCGGGCAGUCGCUCAACAGCGCCCGCAGGAAGAUUCACCACGAGACGGCCGAGGAGCUGCUCCGGCGGCUGGCCGAGUGGCGCGCGCACAAGAAAGCUGGCACGCUGCCCCCGACGGCGGACAGCACCGCCAACCAAUACGCUGAUGCUCUGCCGCAACGCCAUGCUGCUCCUGGCGGCGAUGACAUUGAUCAGCUGAUUCGCUCGGCGGCGGCCGGCGGCGAGCCCGACAAGAACAAAAAGGAUCGCGACGGCAAAAAGUCGAGGCUGGUGUACGACGACGCAGAGGUCAGCCCCGAGGAGAGAAUGUCGCAGCUGCCGCGGUACGCCUACCAGCCUGCCGUUGCUGCUUGA